CCCGUUUCUCCCCAGGCAUGGUCGCCGCGCUGUAGGAGGGCUGGGAGCCGCGGCGAUGCCCGAGGAGGAGCCGCUGGAGGAAGGCGCUUGAGCUUGUCCGAGGAGACGUUCGGAGUGUGUGAAACGUAGCCAUGGUGUCAUGGAAAGGGAUAUACUUUGUACUUGCACUAUUCUUGGGAAGUUUUUUUGGAAGUAUAUUCAUGCUCGGUCCUUUUCUACCUUUGAUGUUUAUCUCACCGGCCUGGUAUCGCUGGAUCACCGAUUGUGUUGUGGCCACUUGGCUCACACUCCCAGUGGCCUUGCUGGAAAUGGUGUUUGGUGCCAAGGUGGUUGUCACUGGUGACGGGUUUGUUCCUGGAGAAAGGAGCGUCAUUAUCAUGAACCAUCGCACACGAAUGGACUGGAUGUUCCUGUGGAACUGCCUGCUGCGAUACAGCUACCUCAGACUUGAAAAAAUCUGUCUCAAAUCCAGUCUCAAAAGCAUUCCGGGAUUUGGCUGGGCGAUGCAGGUUGCUGCCUUUGUUUUCAUUCAGAGAAAGUGGGAAGAUGACAAGAGUCACUUUGAAAAAAUGCUGGAUUAUUUCUGUGACAUUCGUGAACCAUUACAACUCCUCAUCUUUCCAGAAGGAACUGAUCUCACAGCCAAUACCAAAGCCCGCAGUAACGAAUUCGCUGAAAAGAACGGACUUCAAAAAUACGAGUACGUCUUACAUCCGCGAACUACUGGAUUCACUUUUGUGGUUGAGCGUCUAAGGGAAGGUGACAAUCUCGAUGCUAUCCAUGACAUAACUGUGGCAUACCCCCAAAACAUUCCUCAAACAGAGAAGCACCUUUUGAAUGGAAACUUCCCAAAGGAGAUCCACUUCCACGUCCAGAGAUAUCCCAUAGAGACAGUGCCCUCUUCCAAGGAGGAGCUGCAGCUUUGGUGCCGGAAGCGUUGGGAAGAGAAAGAGGAGAGACUCCGACACUUCUAUGAAGAUGGAAAAUGCUUCAGUGCAACAGGGCAAAGCAUUAUUCCACCGUGUAAAUCUGAGCUCAGGGUCCUCACGGUUAAGUGCAUCUCGCUCCUGUAUUGGACGGUGUUCCCACUGGGUAUGCUUGUGCUGCUGUACCUGUACAGCUUUGCACGAUGGUAUUUUGCAGCCAUGAUCAUCUUUUUUGUUGUGCAGCAAAAGAUAUUUGGUGGCCUGGAGCUAAUUGAACUCGCUUGUCAUCAAUAUUUUAGAAAGCAACAGAAAUUGCACAACACGAAAAUAAAAAACAAUUAGUUCUGGGGUAGAGAAAGACGUAAAAAUAGGUGGGUUUCAGAUGUCCUGCAAAUUUUAUGCACAGGGAAGAAUUUUUGCAUGAGAAUUGUCUUUUACUAUUGCCAUUGUUAGACAUUUGCACUUGAUUCUGUGAAGAGAAAGAAAAAUGUUAGUUAUUGGUAUACGUGAAAAUGAUAGUUUUUAUCUCUGAAUGUAAUUUCAACAUUGCUCUUGCAAGCAGCUGGCAACUGCAUUCUGCUGUAAUUAAGAAACAAAUUGCUGGAUUAUUGAACAAUCAUAAGGACGUUAAUAAAUGUGACAUGCACUGAACUUUCAUGUAGAAACCCAAACUGUCCAGCUAAGAGACAGAUGUAUGAUUUCUGUAUAAUCACAUUGUUGUAAAGUAAGCACCAGAUUUGGAAAGCUGGUAAGUUUAACAAUGUUUUGAUGGUAGGUGGAAGUUGGAGAAGAAGUUGUUCUGUUUCUUUUUUCUAUUUCAAAUGUUCAAACUUAUUUUAAAAUAAUAUUUUCCUAUAAGCUUUUCCAAACACUACUGAACCUACCACUAUUGAACCAUUCUGGCGUGGUCACUCAGAAGGAUUUCUAAGCAUUGCAGUCUUGUGCUGUAGUACAGAAAACAGUGCUGGCUCUGCCUCCAUUUAAGUCUUAACUGAUUAUUUAAUAGACCUAUGCAGCUAAGUUUUGAUUUCUCACUGUUUCAUACUGUUAUUUGGUCUCCCUGUUAGCUGUGAGAGUCUUGUUCCUACUGUAGUAUACAGAGCUGCGGGAUAGGGGAGCUGGUUUUUUGUUGUUUUAUUCAUGUUUUUUCCUCACAGAGGUAAAAAUAAGUGUCUCUGAGUAGCUGGCAAAUGUUUUUCAACAAGGUCUCCUUGUAGACAUUAUUUGAUUGAAAACAUUUUAUUUAUUUUUCAGAGUAGGGAAGAUUUUUUUUUUUUUUUAAAGCAUUUAUUUUGGUUUUCACAUUGCUUCCUUAGGCAUUUCAAGUGUCCAUCUACAUAAUCAGGAAGACUGCUUGUUCCAUGUGUGUCAGCCAGACAUGCUGAAAUGCAUCUGAUGCAAUGGUUGUCUCCUUAUAGGUACAAGAGAUGGGUUUCGGACUUAUCACAGCACAGGGAAAUUGAGCUACAUCUUCCCUUUGCAUCUCUUUGAUUGCCUGAUGACAUCAUUGUUUUUCCAACCUCCUUCGUGAUUUUUUUGGGGGUUCUUUUGGGGCUCCCACUAUAACACUUUCCCUUAUUUUCAUGACUUUCAGAAAAUAUGAAGGCUUAAACUCAGACAAGGCACUUUCAAGUGUAUUCUUUGUUGUGUGUAAUAAAAGUAAUGUUCAUGUUCGCAUAGUAAAAGACAUGAACAUUGCCGGCUCUUAAGAGACACUUCAUGUUAGGUUUGUUUUUCAGCCUCAAAAAUGUUAGACCGCUUUAUCAACUGUAUUGCUGCAAAACCUUCCUGACUUACUAAAUAUUUGUUGUUUAUUGCAUGAAGGCUUGUUUGAGCUAAACCGAGAUGGCCUGGCUCCAUAUGUUGAGUGGCAUUGCCAUGAAAUGUGAAAGUACAGAGUGCAAAAUGUAUCUUGUACUAUGCUGAAUAUCUCAAGUAUUGGGUCGGCAUGGUAGACACAUCUGUCUUCUUCUAAAUUACAACACUAAACAUGCUGUCUGUAUCAAAGGCCAUUUUUUGAACUAAUCACCAGCCUC